GCUGCUUUCCAUACGGGGGCGGGGUGGGUGGCGCGCGGCGCGGCGCGCACCGUCACCGUCACCGUGCUGCUCUGCUGCUGUCGGAGAGCGCGCACACUAACAUGGGUCUGGAGAGGGAGAAAUCGGACAGCAGCGUGAUCAUGGACCAGGACGAGUUCAACAGGGCGAUAGAGCCGAUGCUGUCGAAGAAAGCGAGGAGCGCGUGCGCGGCGGAGCCGGACCGGGAUCCGAGCGACGUCAACGCGCACUUGAAGGUCGGCUUCGACGACAUCAUCGCGGAGCCCGGGUCCGCGCACAGCUUCGACACGGUGUGGAUCGGGAGCCACGCCGCCUUCGAGCUGGUCAAAUUCAUCUUCUACCGCGUGCUGACCACGCUGCUGGCCGUGCCCGUGGCGUUCAUCCUCGGGCUGGUCUUCGCCGUGCUCAGCUGCAUCCACAUCUGGUUGGUGACGCCGUUGAUCCGGAGCUUCGUGAUGCUCUUACCGCCGGCGCGGGUGGUGUGGAGGAGUCUGACGGACACGUUCGUCACGCCGCUCUUCCUCAGCGUGGGAAAGAGCCUGUCCUCCGUCCGGGUGAAGACCACCGAGUACUGAAGGGGGUCCCCCCUCCUCUUCUGUCGAGGAGAGUCGGGACCCAAAAGGAGCGACUCGACGCUCGGUUUCAUGAGAUUUUCAUAAAGUCAAACGUACUUUUAAAACUAUAAAUUCAUCCGCCCAGUCGGCAGGAAAAAAAAAACAUUUCUGCAAACUGCAUGAGUGACCUCAUACAGCAGCAACCAUUAUUUAAAGUUACGUGGUACGAAAGUUGUGACAAACACGGGACUUUCCGCCGUGUCCCAAAAGUAAACUACGCAAACAUUACGCAAGAAAAUCCUGUAAUGUUUCUUCUUCUUCUUCCUAUUAUUAUAUUAUUUAUUAUUAUUAUUAUUAUUCGUGUAUUAAUAUAUAAUAUUAUUAAUAUUAUUUCAACAUUUCUUUACGCAGAAACCGACAAUAUGAACAUCUAUUUCUGACGACUGGGUUCAAAUUAUUACAUACGAUAAAUAAAAUAAUUACGCUUAGUCAGAAUUCAGCGUUAAUUUGAUAAUUUGCGGGGAAAGAGACGUCUUCAAAUAUUUCAAUGUUUCGCGAGGACUCGAUCGACAUCAAAACCUUAAAUGACGGCCUUUAGGGUUUACUCGUCACGUCAGGAAAGUAAAUGUCCCUGAAAGUAAUUUGUGACUUUAUGAAAAGCUCAUGAGCGCCACCCAAAAUGGAGUUGUUGUUGUUGUUGUUGUUGUUGUUUCUUUGUGACCAAAAGAAGAAUAUAAUCUCGUGGCCCACAGAGCCGUGGGAUCGGCCAACAUACUGCUGACUGGCUGAGAGGUGUAAUAUUUCUGCUUCUUCAUAUAUUGUAUAUAUUGCAAGUGAUUCAGCUCGAGGUUGAACGUAUUGAACCGAGUCUGAGAGGAGAUCGUACGAAUAAUAAAUGCUAUAAGACGCAGCUUGUUGCACAUUUACAGGCUUAUUGUACUCUAAUCUGCUGCGAUGACGUCACUGCGGCUAUGAUAUUGGGCAUUUAAACGCAAUAGAGUUGUUUUAACAUGUUGGUUCUAAUUUAUUAUGUACGCGACAACCAAUUCUCACCAUUUGCCGCUUAUCUGAGCUGAGACUCCGGUACACGUUUUAAAAUCCAAGGUUGUCGAUCGCUACAGUGCUAACGCUAGUUAGCGGGCUUGGGUUUAACAUUUCUACAUUCAAAAGAGGAUUUCUUUAUUUUAUUUUAUUUUAAUAGUUUUGUUUUUUUUUGCAGUGGAUUUUAUAAAAGUUUGAAGGUACAACGCCGGCACGUUUGAGUGUUUCCGUCAUAAUUACUCCUGAGAAACAAAGAAAAGAAAAGCCGGUCGCUAACGUCGCUAAUUUUUUCCCAAAAUUCGACAAAAGUGCCGUUAAAACCAAUUAAUGAACUAAAAAGCUACUUAAAAAAAAAAACUCCUGAUUUUAAGGCAAUUAAAUCCCGAUGUGACAUGUAUCUGUCUGUAAAAUGAUUUUUAUUUCUUUGCAUUUUAUUUUGAACCGUUUUUGCUUCGUGGAUUCACUCGUUUCGGAGAUUUCGCCUCAAACGUUGUUCCUCGUAAACAAAAAUAAAGUUUUAUUUUUCUUUCCCA